AUGUCCGAGUCACCGAAGUCCGAGAAAUACAUGUGCCUGACCAGGUUCAGCACCCCGGUUCCUGAAUUGGAUGAUCAUCGAUUUCAAUUGGAUGCGCCACGCUUGGAAGCCACCCCCGAUGUGCCACUGAGUCGGCAAAAUACCGUCCCGCAGGCUUUCAAUCCCGAGACGCCUCAGCGUCCAGACCUGCUUAACAUCGAGGAUGCGCUUCGGGAAGCUGGCUCUCUAUCGCGUGAUUUCGAAACCGCGGUAGUGGAUGAUGAUCGAUCAGACAAGGAUUUCAAUGCUAUGGGACGUCGCUUUUCAGUUGAUCCUACGGGGAACAUCCGCCACGGCCGUACCUAUAGUCGCACGCACCAGGAAAUUCCGAACUUGUCGCGCGAGUCAUCUGUGUCUGCUCGGUCGACGUCCCCGCCCAAUUCGGUCGAAGCAUUCGCAGACCCGCGUCGCAGAGAGCGUGCGAAUACUUUGGAAAGCCAUGCAGCCCCAGACUUGGAAGCUAUUCUCCAGCGCACGGUAUCUGGUGGCACACAUCCUCGCCGUCCAACUUUCAGCAAUGCGAGUGUGGUCAGGCCGCAGCCUGGAGAUUUAACAUUGGAGCCCACCGAUGAUGGCUGCCUGCCGACUUUUGAACAACCGGGCAGAAUUCCAGUGAUUGACUACGAGGAACUGGAGGAGUUCGUUGCUCUCAAUCAAAAGGCGAAACCUUCUGCAAACCGACGCAAGCACAGCGUCAGCUCUCAAAGUCAGAAGCCGCGGGUCUUUUAUGACCUUCGUCCGGGUGCUCAGAAGUCCGAGAAGGACGCGGAGAAACGUUCGUCAAGCAUUGAGCGUUCGUCAGAAGACAUUUUGGAGUCGACUUUGGAGAAGGAAGACAAUAAGAACUUUACCGAAGUUGUAAACGAAAAGGAACUGUUGGCGACCCUGAAGAACACGAACGAGCCUACUCGCUUCGGAUUCUUCUCGUCGGAGGCACAGAGUACCGUGCAUGCUGCCGAGCUGGGUGAUCUGGUUUUGCCGGGAGACACCUUCCGAGAUCUUUUCCAAUUGGGCCCGGACGGAGGUGUCUGGUGGCUUGAUGUCCUAAACCCCACUGAGGAUGAGGUGGGAGCUUUGUCCAGAGCUUUCUCUAUUCAUCCUUUGACAACAGAGGAUAUCUUGACCCAGGAAGCGCGUGAGAAAGUCGAGCUCUUCAAGCAGUAUUACUUUGUCUGUUUCCGGACAUUCUACCAGGUGGACAAGGCGGACGAGCGUUUCAUGGAGCCAGUCAACUUUUAUAUGGUCGUAUUUCGUGAUGGGGUGCUCUCGUUCUCUUUCACCGAAAACCCUCAUGCCGCUAACGUCCGGAGGAGAAUUGGAAAGCUCCGUGACUAUGUAUCGCUGAGUAGCGAUUGGAUCUGUUACGCCAUGAUCGACGAUAUCGUUGAUAGUUUUGGGCCCGUCAUUCGGGAGAUUGAGGUCGAGUCCGAGGCCAUCGAAGAUCUCGUGUUCAUCGCGCGUAUGGAUGACUUCGAGUCAUUCUUGCCGCGCAUCGGUGGUCUGCGCAAGAAAGUCAUGAGUUUGAUGCGCCUGCUAGGAGGGAAGGCGGACGUUAUCCGGGGCUUCUCCAAGCGCUGCAACGAGCAGUACUCGGUGACACCGCGUGGCGACAUCGGUCUCUACCUGGGUGACAUUCAGGAUCACGUCGUAACCAUGAUGUCCAACCUGGCGCAUUUUGAGAAGAUGCUUAGCCGAUCGCAUACCAACUAUCUCGCGCAGCUGAACGUGACUAACUUGAUGCUGGGCAAUCACGUCAACAAAGUUCUGAGCAAGGUGACGCUCAUUGCCACCAUGCUGGUCCCUAUGAACCUGAUCUGCGGUCUCUUCGGAAUGAACGUCCGCGUCCCUGGGCAAGAUGCGGCAGGACUUGGCUGGUUCUUUGGGAUUCUUGGGGUUAUUGCAGCUAUUGUAAUUCUCAGCGGAGUAGUGGCUCGCUGCUACAAGCUCGUGUGA